AUGAACGAGGGUGAACAGGGCGGCCAGGGACCCGAAGGGGGGACCCCUUCAGUCCUUCGCCAUUCACUUUCCCCUCUAGUCUCACACCCCCCUUUAUAUUCCGCUUCACGUGGGGUGCGGGGCAGGAGGGAGGGGGGAGACAAGGCAAGGGGGAGACAAGGGGGGGUGGGAAAACCGAGAAAUGCCCACCUUCUCCGGACAACUCAGAAGCCACCUCAACCCCUCCUCCCGCCGCGGCGGCGGCGGGCGCUGCAAAACCCUCCCGGUCGCUCUGCACGAAGGCAGCGCGGAGCGAGUGUCGCCUUCCCCUCGCCACCCCAGCGCCGCCGCCGCCGGCGAGCCCCGAGCUCAGUGUCGCUCAAACCUCCCCUCCCGGCCCCGCUGUCCCCGCCCGGCCCUCCCCCCACGCCCCUCAGACCCUUUCAAACCCCCUGGGCUCGCGGCGGCUGUUCCGUGAGCAAACGCUGGCCGCGGCUGGGGCCGGGGCGGCGAGGCUCGGAGCGGGGCGGCGGCGGGGCGCCCGGUACGGUGAACCCAGCAACGAGGCGCGGGCGGGCGCGCAGAGACGCCGGGUCCUCGCGGAGCACGGCCGGGGCGCGGCGGCGGCAGUGGCAGCGGGAGCCCAGGGACCGCUCCAUCACUGGCAGCCAUGGAGCCCGAGCAUUUUCCUUCCUCAGGGCAGGCGCCUCGGCUCGGCACACGUCCUCGGGGAGGAAGGGGCCGGCGCCCGAGCCUCCCCGGAGGGCGGCGGGGUGUGCGCUAGCGCAGAAGGGUGCGAGCCGCUCCUGUCCUCUUCCUCCGCAGCCGGCUCGUCCUCACCCUGCUGCUCCCGGGGCCCGGGCGGGAGGGGGCCGCAGGCAGCGGCGGCUCCUUCUCGGCGGCGUUGGUGGCCAGACGGGCUGGUGCAAGCGACUGCAGCCGACGCCGUUCAAAGGAACGAGAGCAACAGCAUCACGAGUUUCAGUUCCCAGGAGCCUGACGCCGCUGCCGCCACCGCCACGACACGACAUGAGUCAGGCUUUCUUCCUUGGCGCGUGGCGGAGCCCUCCUCCCCCUCGCCGCACCUGGGCUCGCCCCCGGCCCGCGUCGCCCGCACCCCUUAGGCGGAGGCCCCUACGCCAGGAGCUGUGCGGUCCACGCAGAGCCGGAGUGUCUUCAAGAUAGGUGUUGCCUUUUGUGCAGUGCCGUUGUGGCUGCCAUGCGGUCCCCUCGCCCUUCGACGGGCAGGGGUGAGCUAGCCAGGCAGAUGUUGCAGCUGUUUGCUAUUAAUUGCCUAAGUUCUUCCCGGGUAGGCUCUUCUCUAGAGAUGGCGUGCUUGCACUCCAUCCCUACCUGGAGGGAAGAAGGAGCCUAGCCCUGUAAACUAAUUGACCUCAACAGGUGGAGCUUAUCUCCAGCAGAAAGGUCUUUCCAUUGAAUUGUCCAGGCUAUAGCCCCCACAGAUUUGACUUAAAAGACAAAUCUUGGUGGCAACACGAGUGCAGUGAUAAAUGAAGACCACCUCUUACGGUUUGAAAAGAAAAAGGGCCAUCUGCAAAUCCAGUUUAAAAAAAAAAACCUGCAUGGUCUGAGCAUAGUUUUACAGAAGCAAUGUUAGGUUUGAUAGGAGGCAAUUUACUGGAAGUUGCUUCCCUAGCAUUCCCCGUCAAAACGUUCUAGCUCUAAGCUAGAAUGUACUACGAAGCGAGAAUGUACUUCUCGCCCAGGAAUUAACAACAAACUGAUACGGAAAAUCCUAGAAUUUUUUUUUUAACUUAGGUUGUUGGGUAACUAAACUUUUAUGGUUAGACAACUAAUUUAGGAAAUCUCACAAAUUUAGAGAUCUAUAAUCCUAUUUCAGGAGCUUGUUUAAGCAUAAAGGGCCGUAGUCUCUUAAACAGUUUGACAGACACCUAGUUGUCAAUUCGGUGCAUUACCUUUAGGUUACUUUAAACUAUUGUCUUCAUUCCAUCCUUCGGUAUGUCACCAAAUGCACCCUAAACAUCCCGUGUAGAUCCUCUAUCAAAGUUAUGAUAUAUUGUUGCUUUUUCUGUGGUCUCCCCCACUGAACCCAAACAGGACUACCUUUUUUACUUUAAAUUGCUAAUGUGGAGCUUUGUGCUAGGUAGGUACAAAGUAGGUGCGCACAAAUAUGUAAAAUGGUGUGAUAAUAAACAUGAACUACAUUUGAAAAGAUCGUACUUGUUUUAGGAUAUUCAUGAUUAUGUGAAUGACUGUAUUUUUACAUACCCAUGGCCAUUGGUGUAUUUUACAAUAAUUUUUUUUAAUACCCAGCAGUUCUUGUUGAAGGUGAAACGGGUGGUUAAUGGUGGCCAUCCAUUGUUGAAAUGCAAAUCCGACUUGCUAUUUCAACAGUUUGUGAAUGGAAAAUAGAAACUAUCUUAUCCAAUUGAACCUGCAAUGGAAUGUAGAUAGACCAAAUGUGUUUCUUUGGACUAGUGUGAAAGAAAAUGCUCUUGAUCUCUCAGUGUUGCAUUAGGUCCAAGUUUUAAAUUACCCCAAACAACAACAGCUCAACACCCCCUUGGACCCUAAAUACCCUCUGUGAUUGUGCUGAUAGGGUUAGAAGCAGAAGAAACAGUCUUACCCGAAGUUGACAGAAUGAGUUGAGAUAGCCCUAUAAAAGCAGAUACUUGUUCUGAUAACCAGUAGUAAAUGAUAGCGUUUUGGGUUGUUUUGAUUGGGGGGUGGGGGGCAACGGCCUUUUCAAAUGUAUUUCAGUUUUGUCUGCCAAAUCACUUUCAAAUUCUUGUUUAGGCUGCAUCAAGCCCCAGUAAGCUAUAAGGAACAACUCUGCAAUUAUGGAAACCUGAGUUUUAAAAAUCUCUCUAUAUCUCUCAGUUGCCAGUAUUUCUGGGAGUAGGAAUACCUGAAUACAAGUACGUUAAAACAAGAAGUGCUUGAACAGCUGGGUGUUGUUAUGUUACCACCUUUUAAUUAAAAAAAAAAAGGUCUGGAUUUUUUUUUUACAUUGAUACUAAAUGCCUACUGCGAUGUGUAAUGAAGUCAU